CAUUUUUUCUGUUCAUAAUUCGUCGAAAUUCGUUAGCCUUUUCUUUUUCCCGUCUCGCCGGAGAUCGACUUCUUUUCUUUGAUGCAUGUUUUUUCUCCGAUGGGCAGAGAAGAAUAAGGCAAAGGAAAACUGAAAGUAAAUAGCUUUCUUUUCUAGAUUUUCCAAAUUUUGAUUCAUUUUGGGAACCUUCAGGGAUAUACAUUUUCUAGCUAGAAGAUUUUUUGGAGAUGGGAGCAGAGAGCACCUCGAAAACGACCCCCGAAAGUGGAGAUAAGAACGACAAGAAGAAGACCCAGGUGGUGUUGAACGUUUAUGAUCUCACCCCUGCCAACAAUUAUUCCUAUUGGUUUGGUUUUGGGGUUUUCCAUUCGGGUAUUGAAGUCCAUGGCAAAGAGUAUGGGUUUGGAGGUCAUGACUUCCCCGCUAGUGGAGUUUUUGAAGUAGAACCAAGGAGCUGUCCAGGCUUUAUAUACCGAUGUUCUGUCACGUUGGGACAUGCUGAUAUGCCUCCCUCUGAAUUCAGAAAGUUUCUUCAAACUGUUGCUACUGAUUAUCACGGAGAUACAUAUCAUCUUAUUUCCAAGAACUGCAAUCAUUUUACGGAUGAUGUCUCGUGCAGAUUGACUGGGAAAAGGAUACCUGGUUGGGUUAAUCGCCUUGCUCGGAUGGGUGUUUUGUGCAGCUGUUUACUACCUGAAAGCCUUCAAUCUACUACUGUCAAACAAUUGCCCGAGCCCCGCGAAUACUCAGAGGAAGAAUGUACCUCCGAGCCUCUGUCACUCAACACUCAGCAAGUCCUGGCAGAAAUCGACAACGACGAAGAGAAGCGACUGCUGACACCCUCGACCGGAGUUACCGAUGUUGCUUUUGUCGAAGAAUCUCACAAGUGAGAGCAGGCAGUCAGUCUUUUCUAUUGCUAACAAAUCUCAUCCCAUGCAAACUAUGAUCUUGUCUCCGUUGCAAAAGUAAAAAACUGUAAGCCUUCUUUGUAUUAGACAUUUUGAAAUAGAAUGUUGUUUUUGUUAA